AUGGAAGUAGGUAUUGAAGCUCAACUAUUACAGGUCAGAGAUCCCAGCGAAGCGCGACCAGGCGCUCCUCGGCGACAAACAUCACGCUUCGUAACUGUGGACAGCGUUCUUUAUAAUGCCUCCGACAUACCUUCAGCGCAGCGACGCAUGCCGGAAAGACCACGAGUAUACCGCACCGGAUCUGGUAGACCCGCGGACCCAAGACUGACUGGUCGAUGGGCUCCACCUCAUAUCCCAUCACGAACCACCAAGACAUCGGAGAAGCUGGUCCUACUUCCUGAGACGCUCGAAGAGGAAGAUGAGAAAGGCGAAUUUGGGAAAGACACAGAAGCCGGGCCUCCAAAAGAUGACGAGGAGUACCGUCGGCCAGGCAGGGACAACGUCAAAAGCUACGCGGAAAGGCUGCCCAAAGCUCGAAGAACAGAGAAGGAGCUGCCUCGAGUGACGGCAUACUGCACAGCCCAGGCAUAUCGGCUACAAAGCACAGCAACUUUCGUCAGACAAAGGCAUAGCGCUCGUUCCAAGCUCUACGACGACUGCCUCUACUGCGCGUACCAUCUACCACUUCUGCCAGGCAUAGAAGGAUACCGCCUCCGAAGCAGCCCACCUUUCAAAAGUGCUAAAGGCGUCAAUUUAUUGGACGAGGCAAUCGAGAGGAGUGAGCAAAGAGACUGGCGUGGCUCCUACUAUGAAGAAGAAGAGCACUCGGUCCGCGGCAACGAGGGGCAUGAGGCACUCGACGCUGAAGGGCGGCCUCUGACCAACGGUCACCGCCGAGGCAGCAACCAGUCAAACUCGUCCAAUCGAUCGGCGAGCCCGGGACCCAACGCUUCAGCCGACGCAUACCGCUUUGCCGAAAUGUUCGUCCUUGGUUACGGUGUCGUCGUUUUCUGGAACUUUACCGAACGGCAGGAAAAGGACGUAUUGGCUGAUCUAACCUUCUCAACCAUCAUCGACCCGAAGACCAAUCUAGCAACUCCAGCCACUCUGGUCACCAAUCCUCUCGAUGAGGAGGACUUUGAGACUGAAGAGUUUCACUUUGAAUACAACAACGAAAUACUUCGGCCACGAGUAUACAACGACAUGAUCACACUGCGUACCGGCGACCACAUGAUCAAGCUUGCCAUCAGUCAUGCAAUUGCCCAAAGCACAAAGCUGAGUUUCUUUGAGGAGACAAUGGCAACUCAAAUGGAGGAUGCCAAAGAUGUGCCAGGGCGGCUUGCAAAGACCGGGGAGUUGGGGAUGAAGCGAGAAGAGGUGAUCAAGCUCUUAGGAGGAUUGUUCCGAAGUCGAGUCGAUGUGAAUCUGUCGUCCAACGUGCUGGACAUCCCUAAUUUUUUGUGGGACAGCGAACCGACGCUCCAGCCAUUGUACACUGCAGUCCGGGAAUACUUGGAGAUCAAGCCACGAAUACAGGUCCUCAACGAGCGGUGUAAGGUCUUCCUGGACCUGGCUGAGGUCCUUUCGGACUUUGUAUCCGACGAUAAGAUGUCACGGAUCACAUGGAUCAUCAUUGUACUGAUCGCCAUUUCAAUUCUGGUGACAUGUUCGGAGGUGUUUUUGCGGUUUGGACUACUGAGUAGCACGCGAGGCAAUGCUGCAGCGGGUAAGGCGCUGGAGGCAGCUCGGACACUGCCGAUGAUCACUGACCUCGGUUGA